GCAUCCAACACACAGACAAGCUGGCGACGAGCACCCCGCCUCCGCCUGCGUUUGUGUUCGAUUCUGUGCCGGUGUUCGACUCUGUCUGCGUUCCCGCGCAUAUACUUGCUCUCGACUGUCCGUGCGUGGACUGCUAGCACCAGGCUGCUCUAUCUACUAUCGUCUGCCGCUCACACUACCGAUACACGAUGCGCAAAGGCUGCCUGAAGCACUCGCCCCCGCAGACGCCGGAGCUCUCCCAUUCGCCUUGGACGACGCCCAGUGCAUCCGGGCGGACCUCACCUGCCCCGUCGCAGUGCGCGGGACCGUUCACCAGGCCGCCCCUCCGCAAGAACGUGUCCUUCUGCGAGGACUCGACGCUGGAGGAGGUAUUCUUCGCAGACGAGUGGGACCGGUCGCCUGCCCCUGUCACGCCCAAGCUGUCGUACUCAGACGUCCUCGAGCUCAAGCAGCUCCUCGUGUCCCUCCCCCGCGCACCACCCCCACCCCCUACUCCCCGCCAGCCGUUCACGACCUCCCUUCCGCGCGACUGCCACACACCCUACGAACAUUCUUGCUCCUACCCGUACCCCUCGUCGUCGUCGUCGUCGUCCUCAUCCUCCUCGGCGGCAUCCUCCUACACGCCGCAGCCGUUCCCCUGCUCGCGCUUUGCGUCACAGCCCAGCCAGACGCCUGACCGCUGGAAGAACCGUUCCCAGUUCGCGCGGCCCAUCGACCCCGAGAUUCUGCCCUACCUCGAAGCGGUGCCCAUCAGGCUGCUCCCGCUGUUGGACUCGUCUGCGCAAGAGCCCGAGCCAGAGCCAGAGCCGUCAAUACCGCCGCCCCUGCCGACGCCGGCAUCUGCGCCCGAGACACCCAAGCUGUCUUCGUUGAAACCUGGUCCGAUCGCGGCUUCCAUCCCUGCGGACCAGCAUCACGAGCGAGACCGUCAGCCAAGUCCUAGCCAUGGUCUUGAUUCCAACUCCACCGUGACCCCUACUUCUCGCUCUGAAGAGGUCUCACCUGCACCUUCACCACUACCAUCAUCACCACCACAUCCGCCGCCACCCUCGUCCUCGUCCAGCAUGCCGUCUUCACAGGCCACACCACCACAUCCAUAUCCUCUCUUUUCCCGUCUUCGCCCAAACCACACGCACCCCUACCACCCCCGCCACACCGCCUGAACAUGGCCUUCGUGCCGCUGCUGCCCGCGCAAGAUGCGCCGAAGCCGGCGGAGAGCAGGAGGGAAGAGCGGAAGGAGGAACGGAGGCCGAAGAGACAGAUGAACUUUGCGUUCGUGCCGUUGAUGGAGAAGC